GACAUUAUAACCAAGUGUUCUUGAUAAUUUUACCUGUUAAUAUUACUGUUUAUGAUUUUUAAGUAUUUGUUUAGUAAAACUCCUAAAAUGGGUGUUGAACUAUCUGCUUUUAUAACAUUCUUAUGUUUUAUCUCCUUUACCGCUGGUCAAAGUAUUGGUAAAAUCAUUAUUGAUGGAUUUGGAGAUGCUGGUUCUAUAUUGUCUAAUAAUUCAGACUACAGAUUAUCUCUAAAUGAAACUGCUUUAAGAUACUUACAUGUUUCAAUCCAAAUUCAAGAUAGCAAUGAUCAAGAUGUGCCUUUAAAUCAACAGAUACAAGUGACGUGUGAACAACAGACUUAUCGGGCUGGUUACAGUAAAAUUAAUUAUACAGUUAUCAAUUUUAAUGUUGGUGGCCCAGUUACAGGACAAGUGCAAAUAAUUUCUGUAGAAGCAGGAAGACCUGUCACAGUAAGAUGUUAUGGUGAAACAAUUCCACCAUCUUCUUCUCCAGAAUGUCCUCAAUCUUCAACAUCCACAGUCCAAUUCUGUAAAUCCACUUCAUAUAGUAAUACAGUAUCUCUGGCUUUGCAACCAGCUCCAAUUGUCAGCUUUUGUCAAGAUCCUAUCCAAAUAUCAAAUACUGUUGCAGGAACUUUCAAUGUGAGAUUAAGUGAAGCUGUAGUUGAUAGACCAGUUGCAGUCACUUGCUCUGCAACCACUUUUGUACCAGGUUCUAUAAAUUUAGACAUAGCAUCUGUUGAUGCUCCAAUUGGUGCCACUGAAGUUCAGAUGAGUUAUAGAGUAAUAUCAAGAGGUAAUGAUAUCAGUAUAAGAUGUAGUGGUGCAUCACGUAAUGGUGGUAACCAAUAUGGAACAGAUACAUCUAUAAGCACAACAUCAACUGCCAGAUUUACAGAAAAAACUGGUACAUUUGAGAUUAUUCCAGAAUUUACUAGAAUUUAUACCACUUCAUUAAAAGUAUAUUUAAAGUUGGAUCGUCCUGUUGAUACUACUGGUGAUGUCAGUGGUGUAUGUCAAACUGUUAUGACAGAAACAUUAGAAGAAGCUAAAGUUAUAUAUAGUGAUCCUGUCUGUACUGUAAUUACAAGCACCCCUUCUUCAAGUGAACCUACUACUACUACAACUCAACCUACAACCACUCAACCUACUACCACUCAACCCACAACCACUGAAUUCAUAAACUCAACUGAUUCUCUGAACUCAACUGAUUUGCCAACAACUACUACUGAAUUGCCAACAACAACUACUGCUAUACCAAUAGAUUUAACAUCACCUUGGAUCAUUGAUGAGGAUGCCUUUCAGUUUGAGAGAGGUGAAUAUUAUAAAUCGAUUGUGUCCCGAAGAUUAAAACCAGUAAUAGGGGAUAUCGUAGAAUAUGUGGUAGUAAAAUGCUGUACCAGUUCUCCUCCUACCAUUUCCUCUUACACUUCCCAGACAGCUGCCGUGAUAGCAGAAGUGAGUUUGACACUGGACGUCUGCUCUGAUUGUAUUGGUGGAAUAACUAGCGGUGUAAGAACAGAAGAAAGAAGUAUAAGUAAUCCUGCCUUUGUGGAAGUAUCACCUUGUUCCUGUGAUAUAAUUUAUCGAUCUUGUGAUGUUAAUUGUUGUUGUGAUACAGAAUGCACUGAAGAUUUAAAAGAGACAUUUAGCAGUUGUAUAUCAGGUCCUCCGGGUGGAUUACCUCCCCCUGUUCCAGACAGGAUGUGUACUUCCCAGAAGUCUCUGAAAGAAGACUGGUCACCACUGCUGUGUGUGGUUUUUGAAGAAAACAGCUUUUUAGGGUUGUACCACACCAAUCAACCCAAAAUUACUACAGAUAAUGAUUUUAAAGAUAAAGUUAACAGCAAGAAAAACCUCUUUGAAUUGGGAAAGUCUGAAAGGCGUUUUACAGAUCCCAAUGCUGCACUGAAAGGCUAUGUUCAUGGCGCCGAUAUAAGAACCAAAAGAGCAGACAUUACUCUGUCAGACAAGGGAACUCUUGCACUACCUCAAACAUCUGCUAGUGGACAAUGUGUUCGCACAGCACCAGUUCAAUACCUUAAAGAGUUCCAAAAUGACUGUGUGACUACCAUUUCACCAGAAUUCUGCACUAUUACUUCCAUUCUGAGUGCCAGAGUUUACUCUGAACCUUCUAGUAUUUUUAGACCACCUUGUCCAGAAGGGUUUGAAAUAUGUGAAGGAUAUGGAACUGAUGUGCUAUCUCCAUCCUAUGUAAAUUAUUAUUGCGCUAGUGACAGUUAUAUCCAAAAUUACUUAAAAGGAUCAACAUCCUUUGAGAACAUCAUUCAGCCAAAUCAGAAUUGGACUUUCAACUCCAAAUUAGGAAAUGAGGAUUGUGGAAAUCCAUGUGAAAAUCCUAAUUGUGUUAGUUAUAAUACUGAACAUCAAGUUACAGCAUUACCUCUGCCUCCCAGGUGUGCUUGGGAUAAUGGCUACACACGUGCACAGACACCUCAAGUUGUAGGUGAUACAUGCCAAAAUUCUGUAAUUGAUGUUCGAUACAGAUUUACAUGGAAAGGACAAAAAAUAGUUCAACUUGAUGCAGACAUCAUUUUGGGAACAAUACCAGUAGUGACAUCUACAGACCUUACACAGUCAUUUAAAGUUGACUUUACCCAGGAUGCCAGUGGUAUAAAUAAUAGUACAGAUAACUAUAAUAGACUAGAAGUUAAAUAUGAUAGAUCAGGACAUCCAGGCUAUGAAGUUGGUAAAGAGAUAUUCAGUGGAUGUUAUAACUCUACUAGUGAUGUAGUUGAUAUUGAUGUUACUAAACAAAUGGCUGUGUGGAAACCAGGUGUUGAUGGGCUAUGUUAUAAUGCUGGAAGGCAGAGUAUAACAUUUGGUGAAGAUACAUCGUCCAGCUGUACUCUAAGACUUGGUUUAACACAGAUAAAUAAUUGUGAAAAUCUGAGGACUUUAGUUUACAAUCAUCUUAACACAUUGAUGCCAUCAAAUGUUCUGGGUAGACAAGGCUACAAUGAUCCUAACAACCAGACAUUUUGGGUUCAAGUUCUUAGACAAAAUAUUACUGAGUUACUUAACAAGUCAUCAAGUGAUAUCAAUAAAACUAAUAUUACCAAUUCUACAGUAUAUCCUGGAGAGAGUCUACAAGGUAUUUGUACAGAUUUGACCACUGGUAUACAUCUAGAUAUUCUGUAUGGAGAAACUGGUCAAGGCAAUGGUUAUCCUAUACAGGAGAUAGUUGGUGCUAGGAUAAGCUACACAAUAGAUGAUUGGCAGUUAUCAUGUAGUGGUAGUAACUCUGUUAGGUGUCAAAAUAACAGUAACUUUGUUGAAACAUUUUUAUUAACUAGUAGUAUACAGUACAUCAAAGUACCAGCUAAUACACCAGUUAAACAGAUUAAAUUUUGGACAGUUUAUUCAGAUCCAAGUUGUCAAACAGAUGCCUGUCAGAGAUAUUAUGAGAAUUUUGAUAGAUCAACGUGCCAUUAUGAUACAUGUUGGCAUGAACUGUUUUAUCCACUCAGUAGUUCAUAUACAGCUGAUUCUGCCAUGUAUGCCUUAGGAUUUACAUUAGUUACUGUGAUAUUUGUUAUAGCUUACUAUAUGAUAGGACAGGAACAUAAAAUAGUAUAUGGUAUACAUAAAGACAAUUCUAUAGGUAAUAUCAUUAAUACAUUCCCUACUGAGUGCUGUACAUGAUAGCUAACAUUGUUUUUGGUCAUGAUAAAUUGUGUGUGAAAUUAAUAUAAAGAUUUUGUUAAGAUAUGGUUAGUAUAGAAACAUUUUAUAUAUGUUUUGUAGGAAUGUCUAUAUGAGAGUUUUGUUCAUAUUUUCCUUCUCAUUUCAAAGCAUUUUGGCGCCAUUGCCAUUGUUGUUUACCAAGCUUGAAUUCAAUGGGAAUUUAAUUUCCAAGCCACUGAAGGAUGCUAUAUUUGACACCUCAUUGUUGUGUUUAAUUGUUUAAAACAGUUGACCUGCCACUGCAAAAAUUUGCUGAUCUGUUAAAAUUAAUUCUAGAAUCAUGCUUUGAUUUAAGUUCUAACUGAAUGUGAUUACCAUUAUUUUUUGAUUCAGUUAAAAAAAAAAACAAUAUAUGUAAAAUAAUGAGGAACCUAGAAUUUACAUUCCCACAUGCUUCUGUGGAUAAAUCCAUAAUAUUAGCUGAUUUCACAGUGUUUCUUGAUGAUGCAUCUUCCACAGUGAGAAUCUCAUUAUGUAUAUUGCUUUUCUUGAUCUAUCUUAUUUAUUAAGAUUUGUAAAGUGUCUAUGACAUUUUGUUAUUACGAACAUCCACAUGUGAAUGUGCUUUUUGCUUUGUAAUUCACAUAGCAGCACAUAUUUGCUACUGCACAGAUUUCUUCUUGACCAAUUUAUAAAUAAUCAGAUCACAUGUUAGCCAGACAAACUUAACCCUACCCAGUUCCUCUGACCUCAUAUUCAGAUGGGAUAAUGGUUCAGCUUUGUAUAUUAUAUACCAAAAUAGGGUUUUUAUCAUGGUGAAAAUUCUCAAAAAGUUGUGACCCAUGGUUCGGAGCAACUUUGUGAAACCUACAUUAAAUGUCUGGCCCCAAACGAAGUUCUGAUAUCCCAUCUGAGGAACUGGGUAGAGUCCUGCUAAUCACACAUGUUAGAUGUUUAAAUUAUGUUAGUGUAUAUAUAGUUAUAUAUUUUAAAUUAUUUCCGUCCAUUAAAUUAUUUUUUAUAUAUUUUUAAUAAAAUAGCCAAUCAAUGGGUGAAAAAUG